AUGAAUUAUCAACCAAUACAAACGGUUAAUCAUUUUUCACCAAAUAUGAUGAUUAUCGAAGAAGUUGGUUCAACGGAGAUGAUCGUCAAUUCACCAUUGAUGAUACCCGAAUGUCUUGCUAGAAUAUUCGAAUAUCUCAGGGGGGAACGAGUUUCACUACAUUCAUGUCUAUUAGUUAAUAGAUCAUGGUGUAGGAUCGUUGUACCAAUUUUAUGGAGUGAACCUUUUAAACUUUUAAAGGAUAAAGCCAAUGCUAGUCUUUUAAGGACAUACCUUUCGUGCCUAGAAGAUCAAGACCAAUUACAAUCGAUACAGGAUUGGAUGACGUUUCCAAAGGCGGUUUUAUUAUCACAACGUGCAGCAUUUGAUUAUCCGGUUUUCUUACGACAUUUGUGUUGUAAAACAAUGUAUGAAAUGAUAGAGAAUUGGUUUUCGGAAAUAGCUUCAUUGGAAAUUCAAAGAAAUUAUAAGGAGUUUAGUAUACAAUUAAUUGCUAGUAACUUUUUUCAAUUAAUAAUGAAUAAAUGUCCGAUCCUUGAAACAUUGGUUCUUUGGUCCGGAGCUCCUAAUAAUAUUACAAUUACGGCGGCUUUAUCAGGAACAAAUACUUGUUUAUCACGUUUAGUUACGUUACACGUUGAAGGGAAUUAUCAGGAUAUUGACUUAUGGUCAAUAUCUCAAAGGUGUCAUAGUUUGAAACAACUUACAAUUGAUGUGGAGAUUAGUGGAAAUUCCAUGAACAUAUUGCAUAAUUUGGUAGAAGUUCAACAUGAACUUGAACAUUUUAGAUUGGGAUUUAAACCAGAAAACAAUAGUUUUAAUAACAAAGUUCAACCAAAACUUUUAGUAGCAUUAACCAAUCGACCCAGUAAUUUACAUACGAUAGAAUUUAAUCGAUGUAAUUUCCUUGAAUGUUCUAGUUUGGGGGCUUUAGCAAAAUGUAAAAACAUCAAACAUUUAGUAUUAUGGAAAUGCGUGGGUUUGGGACCAGAAAAGAUGUAUAGUUUAUCCCAAGUAAAUUUUGGCCGACUUCAAAGAUUGGAAAUUUACGUACAUCCAGGAGUAGCCGCUGAUAUGGUAAUUAAAAUGAUAAGAGAUUCUAAUAAUCAAUUACAAAGUUUACGAUUAGCGGGAAUAACACCUCAAUGCGAAUUACCAUCAGUACUUUCUGUCAUGACGAUGCAUUGUCAAAAUCUCUCAGAUUGUCGAUUGGUUUUAAAGGAUGGGGAUAACGACGCUUUUAAUGCAUUACUUGCAUUUUUGGGAGUCUCUUCAAAAUUAGAAAUAUUGUAUAUCACGUUUACCGAUAGAGUGUUUCCUAUUUGUAAUUAUGAAGAUAUGGCGAAACAUUUACCAAUUGGACUUAGAGAAUUGGUAUUUAGGGACUUCCUAUUUUCACCAAUGAGCCUGGCAAAUUUCUUGGAAAACAUGACACCUACAUUCCAUUCACUUAGUUUUUCGAAAAGACAUUUUGAUCAACAACAUAUUGAUGUAAUUAUCAAAUAUGUAAAAAGUAAAAAUAAUGUGUAUCGUUUAAUGAAACAUACUAGAUAUAUGAGUAUUAAAGCAAGAUCGGAACCUUGA